AUGAGGCUGGAAUGCUUCAGCAUUUUCCUACUGAUAACAUUGAAAUUGUCAGAAGGACGACUACCAAAUGCUCGAUUCCAUCACAACCCGCCGUCGGCAUUCUCAUUGGCGCGAAUUCAGAAGGAGUACGAUGAUGACUAUGAGACGACCGACGAGAUUCGAAGCGACCCGAAAACGUCGUUGGACGGUAAUCGGCGGCAAGACGAGGUCGUCAAUGACGCGAAAUGCCUUCAAAAGUGCAAUAAUCAGCUGAACAUCGGAAUGGACAUGGUCAAUGCGCACAUGGCGUUUGGCAGUAUCGACGUGCCAAGUGUCGUUGAGAAACGCGAUCUUGAACUAUUUUGUAUGCUUGACUACCAGCAUAGUCAAUGCAUCGACGAAUGCGGCUAUUCGGUUCAAUUCAAUCUACGCGAGUACGUUUGCCGAAAUCGGCUUAAAGAGAUGCUUCAUCACCUUUCAUGCUAUUCGAAAGCCUCGCCGGCGCUUAUAAGGCAUUGCCGUCCGCGGUGUGGCGGCUAUAAGCCAUUAGUUCACACAAAAGAGGGAUAUUCGCAAAGGUGUCGCCAACUUCUCUGCGAUCACACGUGUACCACAUUCAUAUUGAAUCGACUAUGCCCUGACAAUGAAGGAAGCGCAGCUGCUAGGUACCUACUAGACUUCACAAGACUUCAGGUGAACUAUUGGAUGCGAGACUUUGCCAAAGAGACAAAUCGUUCGCGAGCGCCGCUGACAUGCCGAAAACUACUAUGCGACGGCUUCAAACUUGGCAACUGUCGACGACGCAUUCGGAAGCGAAUAGUGUUGAGCUCGUCAAACUAA